AUGUCGCUGAUAGCCGUCGGCGUCGACGCAAGAUUCCACGAUGACGAGAUCGCCCUAUUGCAAUGGAUUCAGAAUCCCGAAUUACGAGAUCCGAUUCAGUAUCAUUCCAGCAAACCAAUUGGGCUCAACAGUUCGAAUAGAUUGAAUAUCCAAAUAUCGACAAACUCCAAUUUAAGCUAUACUCUUGAUUUCGCGCAAUCGGCCAUUUUCGAUUAUAGUCCCCAUCAAUUAGAAGUUGUCAAUGGAGCAGCGGUGAUACGCAAUCUGUCCCUACCAUUUUUGUACAAUGGCAUUGAGUACUAUUUUGGUACAAAUCGCGAUCUAUCCAACUACAGCUCGAUACCGCAUUCGCUCGUCUGCGAAUACCCACUGCCUCGUCAUGCUCCAUCAUUGUAUGGAAAAUUUGUUGCGUCGAUCUCCCGCGAGAAAAUCAGCCGCAUCAUUUUUGGAUGCGACAACUCGAAAUACAUGUAUUGUUGUGGUUUGAGGUGCUGCGAGGACAUCAGCGUCACAGAAGUAUUGAAAAUCGCCGUCUAUUUCUUCGGCGUGUUCGGCUUUCUGCUCAUCGUCAUCCACCAAAUCUCGACGUGCGACGACAACGCGAGGCGUCGCAAAAAAUUCGAAGAGUUCCUCGACGACGUCCUCUGA